GACCGACAACACACUCGACCUCGACCACCCACCUGGGCACCACCUGCACGCCCUCCUCCGCCAUUCACCUCCCACCCACGCUCUGCCCCUUGUGCUCCACGUCUGCCGGCGCGUUUGCAGCCCAAUCUCCGAAUCCAACUGUUCGCGCAGUCAUUCCGACUGCCACUCAGGCCUUGGCCGUUGCCGCCAACGGGCCUGGUCUGCGCCGCCGCUCCAGCUUUCCGCCCACUUCAUCUCAUUGACCGCAUUCGCGAAUAAUACGUCUACGCGCUUUUUCUCCUGUCUUCCGUCCUCUGGCAAUUGCGAGAUCGAUCCUUCCACCGUCUUCUCAGACUUCCUUUGUCUUCGAACACCGCACUCUGCGCGAAUCUCGGUGUAACUCAGCCCAGCAGAGCGCCCUUCCCCUGAACGAACACCCCUCCCUACAUAGUUACCAUCCAACCUCAUCGCAUAUCAGCUUAAGCUUUCGACAUCGCGAUGGCGGGCUCAUUGGAGCGACCGGUAUCGCCUAAACCUGCUCCCGCACAGGCUGCGACGGGCUUCAAUAUCCCCGCUUCGCCAACUGGCAGCGCCCGGAGCAGCGACAGCGAGGGCAAGCCCGUCAGGAAGAAGCUCAAGGAGACAAGGAUAGACGCUCAAGGUUCCGCUGAGCGGCCUCCGUCGUCGGAUCGGCCUAUGCACGAUGUUACCAACGGAACCGGAACCGCUACUGCGGGGGAUAAUAUCUCGUCCGAGUCCGAGAGCGGAAGAGGCAGGCUUCGGCGUAAGCGCAGUCGUGAGGAUUUCGAAGAGGAUGACAAAGAUAAACCGGUGGAGAAGAAAAAGGAGCGUCAUGUACGGAAGAAGUCUCGCGACGUCACAAGCCCGGCUCCCGCUAUUCUCGAGGGUGCUGAGAUGUCUGCGAAAAGCGCUGUCGACCCGAUCAAGGAGCACGAUGCCGACGAAACAAUGGCCGCUGAGUCGAAGACAUUACAGAACUCAUCCCCUGAAGCCCGUGCGACUCCUGAAGCGGGUGCAUCUGAUAAGGAUGCGACGCGAACCAGUCCGAAGAAUAAGCGUACUCACGAUCAGACGAAGACUGAGGAGAAUGAUUCCGAGCUGGGCAAUGCCGAAAAGGGUGCAAGGGCAGCUGAUACGGCCCCUGAGGAGCCCAGCGCUAAACGUCCUCGUGAGAAAAGUGAGGUUCAGACCGCUGAAGUGGCAGAUGAGGGCAAAACCAAGAUACCGCCCGGAAGUGGCUUUGCCAACGUAUCGGCAGCCUCUCCUUUCGCCUCCCUAUCUCCCAAGAAGCCGUCCGCCGGCGAAAAGGCUCCACAAGACCUCCCUCAAACCAGCGACGAGAAGUUCAAAUCAUCCGGGUUCAGAAGCUUCGCAGCAUCUUCCGCUUCUCCAUUUGGUGCCAUCGCAGCCUCUGCGAAGUCUCCAUUCGGUGCUGCGGCUGGUGGAAGCAAGUUGACCAGUUUUGCAUCUCCAUCGGCUACGAGUGUUCCUGCAGCAAGCGGUUUUGGGUCACUUGCUGGUAGCGCGACCAAGUCCGGCUUUGGUGGUGCCACCAGCGGUGCAACAGCAGGCUCCGUAUUUGGUGGUGCUCUGGGCCAAAGCGGAUUCUCUGGACUUGGAGCCUCCAAGGGUGGACUAUCUUCGUUCGCAAGCCCAGGUGCUGGGACCAUUGUAGGUCUCAGCAAGAAGCCCAACAGACCGUUUGGCGCUGCGGCAGAUGAUGACGAGGAGGGAUCUGGUGACGAAGACGAAGGCAGCAGCGAUGGUGAAGCGUCGGACAAAGAAGAAGCGGAGAAGUCGAAGCAGGGCGAGCAAGAGAAGCGCAGUUUUGUGGCCCACGAAGCACUCGAGACCGGAGAGGAAGGAGAGGACACAAUAUGGUCCGCACGUGCCAAACUCUACAUUUUUCGUGGUAAAGAUGGAUGGCAAGAAAGGGGUGCAGGCGUCGUCAAGCUCAAUGUCGCCCAAGAGGGACCUCGGAACCCUAGAUUCAUCCUCCGCGCCGAUGGCACCCAUCGCCUCCUCCUCAAUGCAAGAGUUCGCGCAGAUCUCAAGUUCGGGACUACGGAGGGUACACAGCCUGAGGACGGGAAGCUUUUCUUUGCUGCCCCUACCACGGAUGGGCAAGUGCUUACGCAUUUGCUGAAGAUGAAACCUGAGAACGCGAAAGCUCUCUGGAAAGAAGUCCUGGGUGUCAAGGCAGAUCUCUAGAUCGAACGCCGACGAAUUCCUGCAUCAGUUAGUCCGCUAAAGAGUCUGCUUCCUGCUGGUCUAUCCCCUUCUGUCGAUAUUGGCUCUAGGACGCUUCUUGGAACCACAUCCUCGCGUCACCGAUGGGUUGCUACCAGGAUACUUCAGAAGUGGGUCCUCUGAAGGGCUCACAAACUCACAACUUGGAUCCCGAGUAUUGGCCGCAGAUAUUUAUCGUGUGAGACCUUGAAUAGAGUCCCGCUCUUGACGCAUUGGUGGUGGGCGUGGUUGUGAUGCAUUGGUAUAGAUGGGCUCCUUGUGGAUGGCGCAUGGAUAACCGAACGGAGUUGGAUGUUCAUGUAAGGAGGUUUAUUGAGCGGUCAGAAGCAGCUAGGUAGCGUGCUUGGACUUUGUGUAGCAUGGUGUGCAAGUGAUAAAUCCAUUUCUCUUCCUGUUCAC